AAUGAACUAAAUGCAGCAAAGUCAAGGUGUGCGACUAUCUUUAUUCAGGACGUCAACGAAAUGCAGAUUGAGGAUCAAUGCCAGUCCUUGCAGUCUAUAGUUCAAUUAAAAAUGACAUGUUGGUCUCAUCUUAAUUGA